CCUCCAUAUAAACACCGCCGGGAGUUUCCGAAAAAUCACAUUCAGCUGUCAAGACAGAACAAUGGUUAACAUGAGCUAUCAUCAAUUUUUACUAAAAUAUUUAUAUUCAACUUCAAGACAGUCGAGAAGGCGAGCGAAUAAAAGAAAAAGGAACUAUUGGGACACUCUAUCUCCAACAAAUUGUCAGACUUGAUUAACGGAGACUUCCUGAAGGUGCAGUUUAAACUGUGUGGCCGAGUGUCUGUGUGUUGCGACUGACUGGCGAGAUGACUGCCGAGUGGCUACACCUGCCCCCGCCGUACCCCCCUGGAGUAGGGCCGUUAUAUGGUGCAGAGUUGGAGGCGUGGUAUGAGGACCUGCAGGAUAUUCUGGGCUCUGAUUCGGGAGGGGCAAAACUGGCACGUGCCCCCACAUGCACCGAGAAGGAGCCCGAGUUUCUGGAUGUUCUGGAGAGUUGUUCUCUGACGUGGCUGACUGAUGGAAACCAGACAUGGACUGAAGGUGUCCAGAGGACAACAGAGGCACUCCACACCGCCCAGUAUCACUCUUCCUCCUCAUCAUCGUCCUCUUCAUCAUCCUCCUCCUGCAUGAGUCCAGCUGUUGCAGAGGAGAGGCAGGUGGAGGCUGAGAGAAGUGGGGGUAGUUCGACAGGAGGUGGCAGCGACUUGCUGCCUCCUGAAUUCUUUGAGUUGCUGAGUGAAGGAGGGGUAGGAAUGGUGGAUCAAAGCGGAGCAGUAAUCAGCGGUAGCUAUUAUUAUCAUCAGCACCAUCACUCCAACAACGUCCAUCCUGCUUCUCCUUCAGCCAGUGAGGAGGAACUGCCCUGUGUCCCAGAUUCACCCUCCGGCUCCUCUUCAGCUUCCCAGUCUCCAUCUCAAAAUUGUUCUCCUCCCUCCUCACCCGUCUCCUCUCCCUCUGUUUAUUCCUCUUCCUUUUUGGGAAAGCGUAAGAGGAGCACCAGCGAGAGGGCUAACAGUGCCUUGUCCUCAUUCUCCACCUCCACACAGCGCACACAAUACUCCUCUACCAAAAAGAGUCGCAAAGAACGAGAACAGGAGAACGAAAGGAAAGUCCAAGAGUUGACCGAGCAGAAUGAGCGCCUGAAAGCAGAGAUUGAAAGGCUGGGAGAAGAGGUUCAGAGGACACGGAGAGCUCUGAUUGAGAGGCUGGUUAACACCAGGAAAUGAUUAGGACGGGAUGGGAAUUAAAAGAAAACGGGUCCUACAGAAUUGGAAUAUGCAGUGGUGGGAAAGUCAAAUGCAGUGGUCAUGAAAUGCAUCAUAAAAAAUGGAAACCAAAGAUAUUUUUUUUUUUUAUAUAUGGGAGGGUUUUAGGAAGAGAAGAGAAGGCACAAAGGAAGCGAUGAAAGUCAAGACAAGAAAAGGUUCAGAGACAGAAGGGCUGCUACAGCAGUGCGGCAGAUAAAAGGACAGCAUGUGUGAAGAAGAGAAGAAAGCUUGAAAUGCAAAUGGUGCAGCAGAUUUAAUGAAUGUCAUUUUGUGGAAUGAAAAAUGGAUUCAAACGAGCUGGAGAACACAAACGUGUGUGUAUGUCACGUGUGUGUGUGUGUCACAAAGGAGCUGUAGUUAGAAAACUCACUGUAUUUCCACCAUUUUGCAAUAAAUUGUAACUCCUUCCUUAAGGGCUACAAUCUGGCUAGCAGAGAUUAUUUGCCCCAAUUUCUGGAGAGUUGUGGAGCUCAGGACAUGUUUGAAAGUGCCCAGUCCAGUGUUGAGUACGAGCGAUUUUAUUUUUUUUUUUACUUUUAAAAACAAAUCCUGCCUUUAAGUUUUCUAUAACCCUUGGCUUGUGUGUUUGUAAUUAGAAAAAGUAAUCCGGCUAAACUUUUGAAGCUGACCUUUUCUAUUUUCUGGAAUCUGUGGCAGAAUUAUUUCUACCCCGAUUUACUAUUUUUGUAUUGUGUAUAUACAGUUGUACUGUAAAGGUUUGUACUGUAAGAUCCUUGCAUACUGUUAUUUUAUCAUUGUAGUUUUUUUGUCAAAUAUAAUGCAUGGCUUUUAUUGAUGGCAUCCAAAUCAUGUAUUUUACCAUUUUCAUUGUAUUCAUCGCUAUUAAAACUUUGCAAUAAAACGCUGUAUCAAAGCAUAA